AUGGUGUGGAUAGCACACUUUAAUUAUUUGUGCUACCCUAAUGUUCCAUUUAUAUAUGCUACUAACAUCGACCCUAUUACCAUACACAUCAUCUCUUGGCAGCCACUCGUCAUAAAGCUGCCUACCCUAAUUCACGAGAACAUUCUCGUGCCUCUGCGUUCAUCUAUUGAUGAGGCACUUGUGACAAUGGGCAUCAAUUUAACCUUUGGUGCCUUCAUCACACAGAUGAAUUCCACUCUCAGGAGAGAAGGGCAAGCCGGAUCCACACAGAAACCUCUCAGCAUCCCAGACUCGCUCUUAGAGUUCCACAAUGCUGAUGGUGGACAUUUACAGCUCUGGAACAUGGAGAUAACUUUUUUACAAACAGAAUACGAAGCCCUAGCAAAACUACAACAUAGGGCAAAUCUAACACCAUCAGUGUCCUCUGCGUUUUCUAAAAGUAUCGACAAGAAGACUGGGAAUGUGGUAGCCAACUAUCGCAAGCACAACAACCCUGUAUUUGGCGAAGUAACAGUGUUUAAGCACACUUGGAUGUUGCCCCUCACCAUUACAAUUGAGGUUUGGCUUUAUUGUAAUGACAGACAAUUCAACAUACUAGAUGAUAAUCUCAUACAUUUUGCAAGCAUGCAAUUAAGUCCUGAUAUGGAUGAAGUUGGCCUUCACUUGGUGCAACAUAUAGUUGUUUGCGCACUAUUGAAGAUCAGAGAUCACACCCUGCAAUAUCUUGAUGUGGUGUUGGAGGAAGAGGACAAUGAGUUGGAUGAAGAAGAAGUUGAGAUUGAAGAAGAGGACAAGGAUGCCUAUACCAAGAAAGAGGAUGAGUCCGACAUUGUUCAGGAAUUCAAUGAGAGGUAUAGUUUUUAA